AAAAAAGUGAUGAGUUGUGAGGCAGGUCGCGGCCCUACAGCCCCAGGAGACGAUGCGCAGCUCAUUUGCUUAAAUUUGCAGCUGACGGCUGCCACCUCUCUAGAGGCACCUGGCGGGGAGCCUCUCAACAUCAGACAGUGACCAGUCUGGUGACUCACAGCCGGCACAGCCAUGAACUACCCGCUAAUGCUGGAAAUGGACCUCGAGAACCUGGAGGACCUGUUCUUGGAAUUUGACAAAUUCGACAACUAUAACGACACCUCCCUGGUGGAAAAUCACCUCUGCCCUGCCACAGAGGGGCCCCUCAUGGCCUCCUUCAAGGCUGUGUUCGUGCCCGUGGCCUACAGCCUCAUCUUCCUCCUGGGCGUGAUCGGCAACGUCCUGGUGCUGGUGAUCCUGGAGCGGCACCGGCAGACACGCAGCUCCACGGAGACCUUCCUGUUCCACCUGGCCGUGGCCGACCUCCUGCUGGUCUUCAUCUUGCCCUUUGCCGUGGCCGAGGGCUCUGUGGGCUGGGUCCUGGGGACCUUCCUCUGCAAAACUGUGAUUGUCUUGCACAAAGUCAACUUCUACUGCAGCAGCCUGCUCCUGGCCUGCAUCGCCGUGGACCGUUACCUGGCCAUUGUCCACGCCGUCCACGCCUACCGCCACCGCCGCCUCCUCUCCAUCCACAUCACCUGCGGGACCAUCUGGCUGGUGGGCUUCCUCUUUGCCUUGCCAGAGAUUCUCUUCGCCAAAGUCAGCCAAGCCCAUCCCAACAACUCCCUGCCACGUUGCACCUUCUCCCAAGAGAACCAAGCCGAAACGCAUGCCUGGUUCACCUCCCGAUUCCUCUACCACGUGGCGGGAUUCCUGCUGCCCAUGCUGGUGAUGGGCUGGUGCUACGUGGGGGUAGUGCACAGGUUGCGCCAGGCCCAGCGGCGCCCUCAGCGGCAGAAGGCAGUCAGGGUGGCCAUCCUGGUGACGAGCAUCUUCUUCCUCUGCUGGUCACCCUACCACAUCGUCAUCUUCCUGGACACCCUGGUGAGGCUGAAGGCUGUGGACAAUACCUGCGAGCUAAAUGGCUCUCUCCCCGUGGCCAUCACCAUGUGUGAGUUCCUGGGCCUGGCCCACUGCUGCCUCAACCCCAUGCUCUACACUUUUGCCGGCGUGAAGUUCCGCAGUGACCUGUCGAGGCUCCUGACCAAGCUGGGCUGUACCGGCCCUGCCUCCCUGUGCCAGCUCUUCCCUAGCUGGCGCAAGAGCAGUCUCUCUGAGUCAGAGAAUGCCACCUCUCUCACCACAUUCUAGGUCCCAGUGUCCCCCUUUAUUGCUGCUUUUCCUUGGGGCACGCAGUGAUGCUGGAUGCUCCCUCCAACAGGAGCUGGGAUCCUAAGGGCUCACGGUGGCUUAGAGUGUCCUAGGAGUAUCCUUAGCUGGGGUAGCUAGAGGAACCAACCCCCAUUUCUAGGACAUCCCUGCCAGCUCUUCUGCCAGCCCUAGGACUCAACUGGAGCCCAGGGAGCGGAAAGCAGCUCAAAGGCACAGUGAAGCCUGUCUCUACCCAUCUGCACCCUCUUGGGCUGAGAGAACCUCAGGUACCUCCCAUCCUAAUCAUCCAACGCUCAGGAAACAACUUCUACUUCUGCCCUUGCCGACGGAGAGCGCCUGUCCCUCCCAGAACACACUCCAUCAGCUUUAGGGCUGCUGACCUCCACAGUUUCCCCUCUCCCCUCCUACCCACCUGUCCGCAAGGCCAGGAGAAGCCAAUCCCCUCUCCCCUCCUACCCACCUGUCCACAAGGCCAGGAGAAGCUGAGCACCAGGGGAUGAGUGGAGGUUAAGGCUGAGGAAAGGCCAGCUGGCAGCAGAGUGUGGCCUUCAGACAACUCAGUUCCUAAAAACAUAGACAUUCCACCAAGCCCCCAAGCCUGCAGCCAUUUUGACCAAGCAGGAAGCUUGGACUGGUUGAAUUCAGGUAGCUGCCACUGGCUUGGACUGAAACAGCACUUGGUCCUCCCCAUGUCACUGGGUCCUGGGUGGUUUGCAGGCAGGGCCGUCUCUAGGUGCCCUUGGAGAGCAGCCAGUGACCUGAGGAAGUGCAAAGACCAAGAAGCAAGAGAGAAACCCGACAGAGGAAAGAAAACAGCUUUCUUCCCCAACCCCAAGGAGGGACAUGGAUCAGUGAAACUCGGUGGUCCCCUCCACUAGGUGAGAUGAAGUGGGGUGGAGAGCUCCUAGGGUGGCCGGGUCCAGGGGAUGGGAGGUUGUGGGCACUGAUGGGGAAGGAGGCUGGCUUGUCCCCUCCUCACUCCCUUCCCACAAGCUACAGACCCGAGGAAACUCAGAGUCCGAAUGGAGAAAGGUGGACUGGAAGGGGCCUGUGGGAGUCAUCUCAACCAUCCCCUCUGUGGCAUCACCUUAGGCAGGGAAGUGUAAGAAACACACUGGGGCAGGGAAGUCCCCAGGCCCCAGGAAGCCGUGCCCUGCCCCUCUGAGGAUGUCACUCAGAUGGAACCGCAGGAAGCUGCUCCGUGCUUGUUUGCUCACCUGGGGUGUGGGAGGCACUCCCUCCCACCUCCCUCCCACAGUUCUGGGCACUCCCUCCCACCUCCCCACCCUUUGAUCGGGUAGGGAGUCAGGGACCCCUGCACUUGUCCCACCAAGCCAAGCAGCCAAGCUCCUUGGGAGGCCCCACUGGGGAAAUAACAGCUGUAGCUGAGGGGAGAGUGUCUUCACGGGGGAACAACAAGGAAGACCUGGGACGGGCCUUUUUUCUCUGACUAUCUCCUAGCAAGCUGGGUAAUCUAAUUGACAGAGGAGUCUGAAGCAGAGGCAAAGAGGCAAGAGGCUGGAUUUUGAAUUUUCUUUUUAAUAAAAAGGCACCUAUAAAACAGGUCAAUACAGUACAGGCAGCACAGAGACCCCCGGAACAAGCCUAAAAAUUGUUUCAAAAUAAAAACCAAGAAGAUGUCUUCACAUAUUGUA